UCUACGAGUACGAAGGAAAUCACAAAAAUUAGGUACAAAUGUGCAAUAAUUGAAAUUGUUUCUUCGCUUUCGUUAUCGUUCAUCGGAGCCUUUACUGUUUUGAAACUUGCAGGUUAUGAUAAUAAUUAUUGAUCAACUUAGCAACGUCAUUAGUCUUGCAAACACUUGGAAAAUAUGUACUGAAUACGAAUAGACUACUGGACUACCGUAGCAGGAUAGAGGAGUUUAUGGUUCAGUGUGUGAGAGACGUGUUCUGCAUUACGUGGCUAUUUACGGAUUUUUUACCAUCCUGCAUGCGCAAUGCGGGACGAAGGAAAACCUGUUACUAUCGACGAAUUGGACAUCCCGAUAUUUUUCGUCAAGCGCUUGGGAGAUCGACAGUUUGUGAUUGGAGGCGGUGGUGGCAGCUCUAAAACCGGAGUUCCCAAUGUUGUUUAUUUAUUUUCGUUGACCAAUCGCAACGGAAAGACGUUUCUCCGUCAGAGCCAGAAAGUGGACGUGGGCUCCGGGUGCCCGCGCAACAUUGCCGUCUACGAAAUCACAUCCUCCUCGCGUUCGCCGAUCGUCCUCGAUCCGCGGCCUCGAUUGCUGGAAGCUCGGAAUAAAUCGGAUGGAGUGGAGGAGAAAACGCAGCCUGGUGGAUCGCAGCUGCGAAGUGGCGCGGUUUUAACGAAAGCGGAACGAGUAGAAAAAGAGAUGCGUUUAUUACUGGACAAUGCCAGGGAAUUGAUUGCUGUCGGAAUGGAUAAUUUGUGUGGCAUUUACCAGGUGCAGAGGAGCUUGUGCAAAGGUAUCCAACAGGAAAAUGGUGCCGCCGGCGAGCCGGGUCCAGCGAUCGUAUCUAAAGACGACCUGUUGACCAUUUCGUUCCGUGAGCAAUUCGAAACCGUUGCCGGCGUGGACGCGACGCAGCAGUGCUGUGUUUUUCUGCCACCCGAUCCCACAAAGCGAUCCAACGUCCAGUAUGAUGAUCCUGCUCAGGGAUUAAGCCCGGAUGCGAAUUUGGCUACGGGUGGAUCGGAUGGGUUUAUACGCAUUUGGGAUGCAGCUGAAUUUGAUGAACUUUUCAAUAUCAAAGCUCAUGAUGACGAAGUGGUCGAUAUGGAUUUAUCUUUUACCGGCGACGAGGUGGUGACUUGUGGACGAGAUAACAAAGCCCAUGUAUGGCAACUGAAAACAGGCAAAAGGAUUGCUAGUCCUUUGCCUGAAUUUCCGGAAGCCAAAGUUGUGGAUUAUCGGCCUCGACAAGUCAGAUUUCACGCCAAGGACUCCGCUGUGUUGUAUGCAAUCUGGGUUCCCCUCAAACGACAACGUCCACGGCCACAACCGUCAGUUAUCUGCAUGUACCGCUUUCGCACGUCCAAAUUAGCGUUAGUGGUCAGUACGCCCGUGAAAGGCGACCUGUUGUGCGCGCUGACAGUUAGUCCUUGUGGUUAUUACGUGGCGUGCGGGAACUUGGACGGGGAUGUGCGGAUCUUCCGUUCGGACAAUUUAUCCUUAAUUUACUCUGCUGUACAAGCCCACGGAACCUUUGUUACUGAUUUGGAAUUUACCGACUGCACAUUUGGUGCGAAAAUUCUGACGCAAACCAGUAAUGCACAGUGCACUGUCUUCAGUGUUUCCGCCGAUCGGAAGAUUGUCAUGCACCAGGCGGAUUUUUUAAAUGCUACGCUGCGGAAAUGGAAAAGGUAUAUGAAAAUUAUUCCGCUAAUUUGGUUAGUGAUUGUUCUUUUUACUCAGCUUAUGGAUUAUAUCGGCUACUUCGAACUCGAAGCUGCGCAACUUUGAUGCAUUUUUUAGUUGUUUAAGUUAUUUUAUCAUGCAGUUUUCAUAACGUGCUCGUUUUUUCUGAUUAGAAGUAAUGUUUACUUUCUGAUUUGUCGCGCUUUUGCCGUUUAAUACUUUUAGAUAAGUAAAUGUUGCAUGAAUACAUCGAGCUGUGCUACAGUAGAUUUUAUUGUUUGGGUGUAAAGAGUUAUCGGUGGAAAAAGAAAGUGGAUUUUAUUAAAUUUGGCGGGUUUUUGUUUUGC